AUGGUAAGGCAUAAGCACUCUGAUUCAUAUGGUAACAAACAUCAUCCUGAAAGCAAGAAAGCCCUGCACCAUCCCUUAUGUCAUCAUAUCAUACAAAAAAGGCAUGCAUACAAGAAGGGUGGCGGGGAAAGAAGUGCUUCAGGAACUGUACAUGCAGAAAGGGAUGAAGCCUUCUCUAGUGAUGAAAGGAAGAACCUCAACCUUGCCAUAUUAAAAAAUCCAAAUGUUGAAGAAAAGGUGACACCACAUUCUUCAGUUGAAAAAAGGUGUACACAAUGUGAUCAUCCUACAUCCAACAACGAUUACCGGGAAUGUAACUUGUGUUGCAAGCAUGAACAAACGAUGAAAAAUGACUUACUUGCGCAAAAAGUAAAAGAUAAAAAGAAAAAUAGAGUGGGAAGUAAUGCAAGGAAGCAUAUAUUUGGCGUUUCCACUCGUUUAUGCAAGCAUUUUGUUGGUCGUGUGGAAACAACCAACGUGAAGAAGAAAAUAUUAAAAUUUCUUCAUGAUCCUGUCUUUCCUAUGGUUUAUCAUUUCCAUAAACAACAAUUGCGAAGAGAAAAAAUUACACUAAAUAGGUCUAAAUCGUGUCCUUCUCCUUACUCGUCAUCAAAACCAAAAGUGAAAGGAAGAUUAUAUCGUGACAGUGAAACGCAGAAGUUAGUACAAUUUGAGUCCUCAAAAACAGCUUGUGAAGAGACAAUGCCAUCAGUACUAAAAGCGAAAGUAAAUGCAAAUUUCAAUAAGAACGAAUCGAUUAUAGUAGUAAGAGAGGUUAAGUGUUCUUCGGUAUCUACGAAGGGUCAAAAUAGUCUCAAGAAAAAAAUAGAGCAUGUGACCGGAGAGAGCAAAAAAGAAAAGAUUCGCGUUGGAAUGGAUUCGGUCAUUCAUAAAAUUCCUCAAGGACAAGAGAUAUCAGAUGGAUUGAAGAAAGAAAUUUUGAAGAAAUUGACUGACCCUAUUAUCAUUCCUAGAGAAAAUCAAUACAAGAGUUCCUUAAGAAGAAUCAAAUCUCUUCAAGAAUUACUAGAAAGUUACCCUCAAUUUGAGGAACCAAAAUUAGAAAAAGAAAAGGAAAAUUCACCAUUGGGAAUGGUGAUACCUUUACAAAGAACUCUUUCACUACCUGAUCUUCAAUCUUUUACCUAUGCUUCUCUGAAUGAGGAGAUUUUUAACGUUCAUUCGAAAAAUCAACUUCAAUUCGAUAAACUUGUGGAAGAUUUGGCUCAAGAAAAAUUUGCAAGUACAGAUGAAAGUGAUUCAGUGAUUAGUAAUAUUGUGAAAUCAGGAUCAGAUUGUAUCGAUAAGAUUAAUGGAAUGGUGGAUUUAAUAAUUGAUGAUUUUGGACACAAUGGUUCGGAAAAUUGUAGCAGUUUCAAUGACCAGUAUAUUGAGGCAAUCAGAGAAUAUAGGGCUGCAAUAGCAGCAUCAGAUUCGAAAACUAAGCCAGAAUGUAUCGAUAGAUCGGAUAAUGUGGCUCAAAAAAUGGAGUCUCUAACCAAGAAAUUGAACCAUGAAAUUCAUGUGGACACCAAACUCAAAGAUGAGUUUAAUUAUGUGAAAUAUGUACUUGAAAUUUCUGGACUCACUAGCAAUGAUAGCCUUUCAGCAUGGCAUUCUAGAGACACUCCAGUUGAUCCAUCACUAUAUGAAGAAAUGGAAAAUGAUCCUGAUUUUUGUCCUCAUAAAGAUGCUCAAUGUAAUCAUCAAGUAUUGUUUGAUUUAAUUAAUGAGACAAUGUUGGAAAUUUAUGGAAGGUCAGAUAGUUAUCCUCCUAUGGUAGGGUGUCACACUCUCCAUAAAGUGUGGACUCAUAUGAGCAAGUCCUUGUGUUUGAGAUCCAAAGGUGGCCAAAAAAUUGAUGAUCAUGUAAGUAGAGAUUUAUCAAAAAAUGAUGGGUGGGUCAAUGGUCAAUUUCAUGAUGAAGGUGUUGGUUUGGAGGUAGAAGAUAUGGUUUUUCAUGAUCUACUUGAGGAAAUAAUGUUGGAUUUUGCUUGCUUAUGA